ACGCGCAGGGGGAGAGAGGGGGCGCGAGAGAGGUGGAGAGACUAGAAGUGUCAAGGGAGGAGCGGCGCACUUGUCUAUACCUGCACGAACUGUCCUAAAACUGUAGUAAAAGCCGCACAGGCAGACAACCACUCCUCCGGUUACUAGUAAAGCCUGUUGUUAAAGUCUCCCACAGGUGAAUAUUGUGUUUAUAAUUCUCGGGAGCAGCGUUGUGUUUUAAUCCAGGAAGACGAGAAGACAAGAGAAAAUCAUGGACAGAGGAGGAGAUUUAAAAAGAAGCUAGCGCCUACAGUAAAGUAACCUUAAGAGAAAAAGACUCAGAGAGAAGAAGUGUCCGGAGAGGAAAUAGGAACGGGAUGGGAAUGGAUUUCAGCACUCUUCGGACCCUCAUCAGCAGAUAUUGUGUUGGUGAGGAGAACUGGGUGGACAGCAGGACCAUUUACAUUGGACAUAAGGAGCCUCCUCCUGGAACAGAGGCCUUCAUACAACAGAGAUUCCCAGACAACAGAAUAGUCUCCUCCAAGUACACAUUUUGGAACUUCAUCCCUAAGAAUAUGUUUGAGCAGUUCAGGAGAGUUGCCAACUUCUACUUUCUCAUCAUAUUUCUGGUCCAGUUGAUCAUUGACACUCCCACCAGUCCAAUCACCAGCGGACUGCCGCUCUUCUUUGUCAUCACAGUCACCGCCAUUAAACAGGGUUAUGAGGACUGGUUGAGACACAAAGCAGACAACGCUGUCAACCAGUGUCCUGUCCACGUGGUGCAGCAUGGGAAAGUGGUCCGCAAACAAAGUCGCAGGCUCAGGGUCGGCGAUGUUGUCUUGGUAAAAGAAGAUGAAACUUUUCCUUGCGACCUCAUACUUCUUUCCUCCUCUCGAGGUGAUGGGACCUGCUUUGUCACAACAGCCAGUCUGGAUGGGGAGAGCAGUCACAAGACAUACUAUGCAGUUCAGGACACCAAAGCUUAUAACACAGAAAAAGAGGUGGACUCCAUCCACGCCACUAUAGAAUGUGAACAACCACAGCCGGACCUGUACAAAUAUGUGGGCCGUAUCAACAUCUACAUGGAGAGCGAGCCAGUGGCAAGGCCAUUAGGAUCAGAGAACCUGCUGCUCCGAGGGGCCACACUCAAGAACACUGAGUACAUCUAUGCGGUUGCCAUCUACACUGGCAUGGAAACCAAGAUGGCUCUCAACUACCAGUCCAAGUCUCAGAAACGGUCUGCAGUAGAGAAGUCGAUGAAUGCCUACCUGUUGGUCUACCUGUGCAUUCUCAUCAGCAAGGCCCUCAUCAACACUGUGCUGAAAUACGUGUGGCAGGCCGAUCCCAACAGAGACGAGCCGUGGUACAACGAGAGGACAGAAGCAGAGAGACAGAGGCACAUUGUGAUCAGGGCGUUCACAGACUUCUUGGCCUUCAUGGUUCUUUUCAACUACAUCAUUCCCGUCUCCAUGUACGUCACCGUGGAGAUGCAGAAGUUCCUGGGCUCCUACUUCAUCAUGUGGGAUGAUGAGAUGUUUGAUGAGGAGCUGGGGGAGAGAGCCGUGGUCAACACGUCAGACCUGAAUGAGGAGCUGGGACAGGUGGAGUAUGUUUUUACAGACAAGACAGGGACUCUGACAGAGAACAACAUGGAGUUCAUAGAGUGCUGUGUGGACGGACACGUUUACGUGCCUCAAGCUAUCUGUAACGGACAGGUGAUGCCUGGUGCGGCCAGUAUGGACAUGAUCGACACAUCGCCAGGUCCCGAAGCCAGGGAGCAUGAGGAGCUGUUUUUCCGGGCGCUGUGUUUAUGCCACACAGUGCAGGUGAAGGAGGAGGAGACGGUGGACGGGAUCAAGCAUGGCAUCCACCAGGGCAAGUCCACUUCCUUUUACAUCUCCUCAUCUCCAGACGAGGUGGCGCUGGUGGAGGGAAUGAAGAGGCUCGGUUUCACCUAUCUGAGGCUCACGGACGGUCACAUGGAGAUCUUGAAUAGAGAGGAUGAGAUUGAGAAGUUUGAGCUGCUGGAGGUUUUGACUUUCGACUCAGUCAGACGGAGGAUGAGUGUCAUUGUCAGGGCCAGCAAUGGUGAGCUCUAUCUGUUCUGCAAAGGUGCAGACUCUUCCAUCUUCCCCAGGGUUAUCUCAGGCAAGGUGGAUCAGGUUAGAGCUCGCGUGGAGCACAACGCAGUGGAGGGUCUGAGGACACUUUGUGUUGCCUAUAGGCCCCUGAGCCAAGAACAGUAUCAGGAGGUUUGCCACCUGCUGAGCGGGGCCAAGUUGGCACUACAGGACCGGGACAAACGACUGGCGGAGGCCUAUGACCUUAUAGAGAAAGACCUAAUACUGCUUGGAGCCACUGCUGUUGAGGACAGACUCCAGGAAAAAGCAGCGGACACCAUAGAGUCUCUCCACAAGGCCGGUAUGAAGGUGUGGGUUCUGACCGGAGAUAAGAUGGAGACGGCGGCUGCAACCUGCUAUGCCAGCAAGCUCUUCCGUCGCAACACCCAGAUCCUGGAGCUGACCACCAAACGCACCGAGGAGCAGAGCCUUCACGAUGUCCUGUUUGACCUGAGCAGGACCGUCCUGAGGCAGCACGGAGGCAUGACCAGGGACACUUUCUCUGGUUUAUCAGGUGACUAUACUGACUAUGGGCUUAUCAUUGAUGGAGCCACCCUCUCUGCGGUGAUGAGGCCCGGCCAGGAGGACUCAAACUCAGGGAACUACAAAGAGAUCUUCUUAGAAAUCUGCCGCAACUGCAGCGCUGUGCUCUGCUGUCGAAUGGCGCCGCUCCAGAAAGCGCAGAUUGUGAAGCUGAUCAAAGCCUCCAAAGAGCACCCAAUCACACUGGCGAUCGGAGAUGGAGCUAAUGACGUCAGCAUGAUCCUCGAGGCCCAUGUUGGCAUUGGUAUUAUGGGUAAAGAGGGUCGUCAGGCAAUGAGGAACAGUGACUAUGCCAUCCCAAAGUUCAAACACCUCAAGAAGAUGCUGCUCGUCCAUGGACACUAUUAUUACAUACGCAUCUCUGAACUUGUGCAAUACUUCUUCUACAAGAAUGUCUGUUUCAUCUUCCCCCAGUUCCUCUACCAGUUCUUCUGUGGCUUCUCACAACAGCCACUGUACGAUACAGCCUACUUGACUCUGUACAACAUCAGCUUCACCUCGCUGCCCAUUCUGCUCUACAGUCUCAUAGAGCAGCACAUUAACAUGGACAUACUGAAGAAGGACCCAUCUCUGUAUAGAGAUAUUGCUAAGAACUCUUUGCUGCGGUGGCCCAUCUUCAUCUAUUGGACCGUCCUGGGUGUUUAUGACGCCAUCGUGAUGUUCUUUGGUGCUUACUUCCUGUUUGACAACACCACCUUCACCAGCAACGGACAGCUAAUGACAACCAACACACAGAUGAUGUUUGGAAACUGGACGUUCGGGACGCUGGUCUUCACCGUGCUAGUUUUCACCGUUACACUCAAGCUGGCUCUAGAUACUCAUUACUGGACCUGGAUCAACCAUUUUGUCAUCUGGGGCUCGCUGAUUUUCUUUGUGGUCUUCUCUCUGCUGUGGGGAGGAAUCAUCUGGCCCUUCCUCAACUACCAGAGGAUGUACUAUGUGUUCAUGCAGAUGUUGUCCAGUGGUCCGGCCUGGCUCAGUAUAAUCCUUCUAAUAUCAGCCAGUUUGUUGCCAGAUGUGGUAAAGAAGGUUAUCUGGAGGGCGCUGUGGCCCACCACUACUGAACGCAUACAGAUGUAUGCUGGCUUUGGCUAUGUCCCUGCUCUGUUGGAUAAUGCCGAUAAACUCUAUAAGGGCCAGCUCUCCGAGUUCACCCCCCUGGCAUCUCUCCAUGCCCCAUCCAAGGCUGGCAGCCACCGGCGAGGCUCGGGUAACCAAAGGAACCCCCCAAACCCUCGAAGGUCUGAACCCUUUAACAAGAAAGUCAUGUUCACACGCUGGCAAAGAAUGCCAGACUACUGCACCUUCACCCCCCUCCUCCGAUUCGUAGAUGGCUCCCACCACCCAAGGCAGGGACACGCAUACAGUGGGGCGGGGACCGAGACCUCAUUCUAAUUUAUUUCUGUUUAGUGGUUUUUCUAUUCUUAUAUUCUGAUAUCAGAUACAGUGGCAUCCACUUGGAGCUGAACUGAACAAAGGAGUGAUUGUGAUAAACCUGUCGGGACAAGGUCACUGCUAGCAUAGCUGGGAAGUAAAGUCUCCCAAAAGUAACUGAAUUUAUUUAUGUUACAGAGCUGAGAUCAAAUAAUGGACUAUGUUCCUGAUAGCAGUUACCUGCAAUCCAUCCGAAACAGAUUACAAUGAAAGUAUGUGUUAUAACUGCUCCCAAGUCAGCAGCCAAGUAAAGCACUGCGGGGACGACUCUGGAUAGGACUCCAUCCACAGGGCCGUGCUCACCGCCACAACGUGCAAAGGGCUCAGUGUGCUGAUGUCACAACAAAAAAAACAAACUCAAGAGUUUCAAUUUCAUAAAGCAUAUAAUGUCACACUGAAAAUAUGUGCACUGGCCCUUUACAUCCGUCUGCAUUUGACAGCAGGCAGCUGAAGUGUACUUUUAUCUAACUGUUGGGAUCUAUAUGACUUUAAAAAAUUGAUUAUGGUGAAAAUCAUGAUGUGACUGGAAUUGGGCUGCUCCUGCUGCUGCUGAUGAUGAUGGUGAUGAUGAGGAAGACAGUAUCAGUGCUUAAGCCAGCAAAGGCUCUCUCUGACCAAACAUUUUCUUCUCUUCAAUUCCUACCAUCUCUCCCUUUCUUUCCUUCCUUCCAUCUGUCUGUUCUGCCUCUUUAUAGGACUAACUGGUGUUGCCUGUGUGCAAACAUAUUAUCCCGAAAUUCUCCGUAGGACUCUGGGGUCAGACCCUACGGCAUUGUAAGGAGGGCUGUGGUAGAGAAGUAAAGCUUUAGUGUUUGAAAAGUGGAUCUGAGUUGGUCUUUUUUCCUGUUUUAUUUGUCAUUGUAUAUUAUGUCUUAAAGAAAAAAGACCAACUUUAGCUCCACUUCCAGCACUUCAGCUUUUAAAGUAACAUGUAUAGGUAGUACAGACUGUUUGGUGAGAUAGAUGUGUGUGUAUCUGUGUGCUGAUAGCUAGUGGUCGUGUUAGCCUGUGAGCUAUAUUCAUUUCUGCAGGAUCUCCUUCUCUCUUAUUGUCUUUGAUGCACUUUAACUAUGGACAUUCAUCUUGUAUUUACCAAUAAUUAUGAGAGACUAAUCAAAGUCUUUUUUUUUUUUCAUGCCUUAUUGUUUUAGUGAUAGAAACCAGUAGAAAUGGCUGUGUGACGGCGUCCGCUCAGCUGUUUCGUAAUGCCUUAAUGUCAUCUUGUAAAUACCACAGAGAUUAUGAACCAAAGAACGUGGAGAGGGAAAAAUCUGACUUCCUCUAGGCUACAGCUACUGCAUGCUGCAAGUUUAUUUAAUUAGAUAAACUGUGUGGUCCAUAAUUCAAUACACACAUUGAUGUGACUGUAAAACACUUAAUAUGAAAGUGGCCAUCAGAAAAGAGUGUGAAACAACUUAGUGGACAACUUUAGGGAAAUUUAAAAUUAUGACAGUAGAAAAAAGUAGCCGCUCAUUUUAAUUUCUCUAAAUUUUAUGUUUAAAACAUGGCGUGUGUGUGACUUGUCAAGUUUGAGGAGGUUUGAUUUUUAGUUACAUACCAUUUGAACACCUUAAAAAUUAAGUUACAAACAUACCAAUCAUAACGCAAGGAUUCUAACAAGGGUUCCAAAACUACUCAAUGCCUUAAAUUGAUAGUUAACAUUAUUUCUGAGAUUUGCUCAUUGGUCAUCUAGCCAUUUAUUAAGGAGAAAACACAUACGUCCAUCCAAGUCCUACCGGGAAAUCAUGACUGUAAUAUACACUCGUGGUUUUGGUUCUAUUCCAUCAUACACAACCUACACAUAACACACUUGUCUCUUAGUUUCCCUGAAAAACAGCAAAUCUUUAAAGGCAAUUUCAUGCAAGUUUACAAGUCAAUGCACAGCCACUAAAGCUUCUUAGCUUCAUAUUUAUCCUACAAACAUGAGAGUGGUAUCAAUUUUCGAAUUAACCAAAAUGUUGAUCUGUUUCUUUAACUGAUUCAUCGAAAAUAUUAUUUUUUUUUGUGUCGAAGCUCACCUUGAAGCCUGCACCUCAGAAGGUCAACUGUUUGAUGACUUAGCCGACCAGUGACAUAAAUUGAACAGUCUGUCAUAAAAUCUGUUAUAGCAAAGGGCAGAAGAAAAAGCUUGGUAGCCUACAAAGAAGUAAAAAAAAAAAAAAGGGUCAAUUUGUGACAUGUACAAAAGGUGAAAAAUAUUUUUAAGAUGUGUCAGAAAAGUGUUCAUUUCAGGCAUAGGACCAUCGUCAGUAGUGAACGGUGCCCCAAGGUCUUUUUCUCAUAUGAUCCAGAUCCAAACAUUGAGCUGGUCUGUGUGCUGAAAUUGCAGUAAGAUGUGCCUGAGUACAAAACUGAGUCAUUGAGCCUUACUGCACUCAGUAAUAUUUGAUGUCUUUCACCACAGGUCUGAUCCAUGUCUGUCCUGGUAGAGAAGCCUUUCAUUGGAUUGGUCAUCAUCAGUCAGCUUUUAGUUUAUGAGCUAUAGAGCAAUAAGGUAGAAGAUAGAACGUUAUUCACCCAAAGGAAAUUCAGGUAUUAGAUAUUCACCGCCAGUCAUGGUCAUACAGAUGUUGUUCCAUCUAAUGUUGUCAAGAGAAUAUAUUUGUGAGGUGUUCUGCUUUACAGGUUAGAUCGAUUUAUAGCAACUAAUUGCUCAGUGCUCGUGCUCUUAGAAGCCUUACGAUGGUGUCACAAGAGCGUAAUGAGAUUCUCCGCCUUGAAAAGGGCCUUCACAGUGCAGUCUUUGAAUUCUGUCCUACACUUUCCUGUUUCAACCCUUAUUCUCUCUGUCUUUCUUUCUAGCACUUUUUUCCUCUCUCUCUCUGUCUUUCUCUCAUUCUCCCUCCGCUGAAGUGAAGUGGAAGUUCUCCCGCCUCCGUGACAGCCGUCUCGUUCCGUCGUCGUCAUCGCCCUCUCGUCUGUCUCGGCCCUUCCUCCAUCUCUCCGUCUAUCCAUCCAUCUACGCAUCCAUUGUGAGACAGUGUAGAAAUUAUGUUUUAUACUCUACUUUUAAUAGUUCAUCUACGAACAAAAGCCUUGUUGCCGAUAGAGAUACUUGUAGCUGCUUUACAUUAGGUGCCUUGUGGAGGUUUCUCUGUCUGUGCUGAACUGUCUUUGCUUGCUUUUAUGGUAAAUUUACUACUAAUAAUAGGCAUUUGGAUGAAAGGGCACGGCAGAUGAUGGAUGUAUGGACGCAUGACUGAGGAGAGACUGAGAGAAUGGAUAAAUGAUUAAAAAGGUGAAUGUAAAAGUUAAAUUUACACAGGUUCUACUGUCCUACUGACUUAUUCGGAACAAAUACAGCAGUGAAAUAUUAAAAGUUGAUACACAAUCGAUAAACAAAUUCAUUACAUUAUUAUUUGCACCAAAAUAUUCAACUACUAAUGUUUAAUAUCUAUUUUUUAAUGUUUUUAUUCAAAAUUUUUAUAUAUGUCCAGGAGGGCAUUUGUCUCUGAAAUGUUACUUUACUGUUUUCAUUCAUGUAUAAAGUAUAAAAUUCCCAUUCACCACUUGAAGAGAGAGUGACGGUCUCACUCAGUGGAUUUUUUUUGUUUUUGUUUUGUUUUUUAAAAUAUUCUGUGUAUGUUUCCUUUAAUGUCUGACUUACUUCAAUCUUACAAGAUUGUGGUUUUCUACUUCAAUAUUUAUAUAAACAUUAACAGUAAAGCAAAGGAUGCUUGUAUUGUUGGAUUCUGAAUGUAAAAUCCAUUUGUCUCUGUGAUUUCGUAAUUAAAGGGUCAGUUCGGCAAAAUUACAAAAGAAAAACAAAAAGGCAUAAAACCGUCUCUAAAAAGAGAUAUUGUUGCUUUGAGCACCACAGUUUAAAAUUCCCUGCUCCCCAAUUGUAUUGGUGCAGAGACUGUUCUUCCUCCUGCUGUGUGUGUGUGAAUUCAAAUUGGGCUUUGACAGAUACAGGUUCUUGAAGGGAGAUGCUUGUCAACCACAACUGUGGGCCAGAGUUCAGUGUCGUAGAAUAUGAUCGUGUUUUCCCACCUGAAUCCAUUAGUAAAUGAUAGAAAUUA